AUGGGACAAUCUACUAGCUCAAGCAAUGAUAAUAAUAGUAUUGAUAAUAAGAAAGAACAAAAUAUAAAGGUUAAAUUAACUAAAACUGAAUUAUAUGACUUAUUCUAUACAAGAUGUUUACAAUUAUUAAAACCGAUUGAAAUAUCAAUUAUAAAAUCAAAACUAAUUGAAAAUAAUAAAUCUUUCAAGAGCUUUACUAAUAAUGAUGAAUCUGCUGAACAAGAAGAGAAAGAAUUGCUAAAUAAUCAUAACAUAUCCAAAUCUUACUUGGGCCAGUGGAUCCUUAGCAAUAAUAAUGAUUUAACUUCAACAAUUGAUGAACAUUAUUACAGCUCGGACUUCAACAAGUUUUUGGAUUUAUUCUUUAAGUCUAUGAAAAGAAUAGGACAGCUGCCAUUUUUGAAUAAUAAAGUUGAUGAAAAAGUUGAGACUCUAGAUUUGAAGGAAUUCAUCAUAUCAUCUAUUUUUUUAUUAGGUAGAUUUAAAAAGUUAUUCGGUGCAAAUGAAUACGAUGAAGAUGGCUUAAACUUUAUAAAGUUAUGGUAUAUAUCGAUCAAUUAUGGGAAUGGAAAAGCAAAUGAUAUACAAAAAGUGGAGCAGUCCCUGGAGGAAGAUAAAGUCUCGGUUUACUUGGUUCAAUCUUUUGAAGAAACAGACUCAAUUGAAAUUAAGUCAAAAAAGGUCAAUUGGAAGAGGCUUGAAAUAUUCAGAAAUUAUGACGAUAUAAACUAUGCCGGAUUCCCAUUCAAAAUUGAUGACUUAAAAUACAUACUAACAUUCGAUUUGAUAUUGAAUGCAAUACCAUUACAAAAUCAUCAAAGUAUGGACAAGUUGCUAAUAAGCUAUUUAAAUAGAUGGAAGGAGUUUGAAAUAUAUUCUAACUACAUCAUUAAAUAUUUGGACAUCCUGGAUGAUAGAACUGAAAUUACAUUUGAUCAAUUUUAUACGGGUAUAAGGUUGAUUCUACCUUAUUUCAUUUCACAGUCGUCUGCAAAAUUAAUGAGUAACUGGAUACUAAGCACAAACAAUAAGUUACCACAACAACAGCAGCUACAACAAAAACUCAAGGCAAAAGAGUCAGAAAUUGAAAAUGACAAUAAAGUUCAAAAACCCUCAUCUAAAUUCACGGAAUCAAAAUUGGUGACAAUUCCAUUCAUAUCAUAUAUAUCAGCAAUUUUAAGAGGCAUAGGGAGUAAGAUAGAAAUAACAAAUGAGAACAUGUUUAAAUUAUAUUCAGGUUCGGAGUCCGGGUUUUCAAUUAGGUCCUUAGAAACUAAAAUUUUUAAAUGGCAAUCACCUACAUUAUUUAUAGUAAGUGGUAAACGAAUAAAACAAAAGACUAUAGAAACAAACAAAAGAUAUGAAAAAUUUGAUAAUAUAUUCCCCAACUACUUUUUGAAACUGGAAUCCAAACUAAAAGAUUGGCAAGCUUCAAAUGAUAGAGUCACGUAUUGUGUACUAGUGAAUCAUCCAUGGGUAAAUUCAAACAAGAAAAAUUUCGGUGAUGAUAAGUCAAUAAUUUUAAGUAUAUCACCACAUCUAGAUUAUUAUAAGAGUAUAUCAAAUGAAGUAUUACAAGGUAAACUGAUUUACUUCAACAAUUUAGGAAUGGGAUUAGGUUUUGGUAACUCACAACCAUUAAACAAGAACAACUUACAAAAAUACUAUCCAGGUGAUGUAUCAUUAACUAUCGAAUCCAACUUAGAAUUCGCAAUCUUCAGACAUUUAGUUGGUCAUUCUACAUCACAAGCAACUACAUAUUUCCAAACUUCCAAACAAGCACAACUUUCCAAUGAAAAUUUCGAAGAUAGGUUUACGAUAAUAGAUUUAGAAGUUUGGGGAAUUGGAUCUGUCAAAAAUUUAGAAGAACAGAAGAAGCAAUGGGAAUGGGAGGAGAAAAUUGCCAAUGAGCGACAAAAUGUCAACUUGAAAAAUAUGGGUGAGGAGAGGGCGUUUUUGGAGAUGGUUGGAUUGGUUGGGAAUCAUGGUGGUAAUGGUGGAUCCGUUUAA